ACAGAUUUAUUUGGAUAAAAACGUUCCUCUAUUGCCUAUAGAGAUUUACUAUCCGUUUUGUUUCUGGGAAAUCGAAAGGUGCCCGUGUGAGUGGUAGAGCCUCGCGCCUGCAAUGAACACGAACAAGAGCACGAGCACGAAGCUGAGGAGGCAGACAGGAUUGAAAAAUGAAAUUAAACGAAACCCAUUUCCCUCCUGGUCGUGUUUCCAAAACCCUAUCACCAAAAGAAGUCUUGAAGCUACUCAAAGCGGAGAAAGACACUCUUUCUGCUCUCUCCCUCUUCGAUUCUAUAUCUCAAAACCCUGGUUACUCCCACACAUCCAACGUCUUCCAUUAUAUCAUCCGACGCCUUGCCGCUUCGAAACUCGUCUCUCAGGUGACCCGGCUCGUCGACCUCAUCACAGCUCAGCAAUGCAAGUGUUCAGAAGAUGUUGCCUUGUUGGUCAUCAAGGUUUACUCGCAGAAUUCGAUGCCGGAAAAAGCGUUGGCAAUCUUCCACCGGAUGGACCAGAUCUUCGGGUGCCAACCGGGCAUUCGAUCUUACAAUUCCCUCCUUAAUGCUUUUGUUAGGACGAAUCGUUGGGACCAUGCUGAGUCAAUCUUUCGGUAUUUCGAAACCGCCGGGAUUUCUCCCAAUUUACAGACUUACAAUCUCCUCAUCAAGAUUUUCUGCAAGAGAAAUCGGUUUGACAAGGCCAAGGAACUGUUGGAUUGGAUAAGAUCUAGGGGCUUCGAACCUGACAUCUUCAGUUAUGGUACUGUUAUAAGUGGUCUUACUAGGUGUGGAAAUUUAUCAGAUGCAUUGGAGCUGUUCGAGGAAAUGUUUGAUAGGGGUAUUUCCCCUGAUGUUGUCUGUUAUAAUAUUCUAAUCGAUGGGUACUUCAAGAGAGGGAAUUUAGACAAGGCCAUGGAGAUUUGGGAGAGGUUAUUAAGAGCGUCUCCCGCUUAUCCUAGUGUUGUCACUUAUAAUAUUAUGCUUAAUGGUUUGUGUAAAUGUGGCAAGUUUGAUGAGUGUUUAAAGAUAUGGCAACGUAUGACGAUGAAUGGGCGUCACGCUGAUUCCUUUACUCACAGCACUUUGAUACAUGGGUUAUGUGAGUCUGGGGAUGUCGACAGGGCUUUGAGGGUUUAUAAAACUAUGAUUGAAGGUGGGGCAGCCGCUGAUGUGGUUAUAUGUAAUGCGCUGCUUAAUGGUCUUUGUCGAGCUGGGAAUAUUAGUGAGUCAAUUCAGUUGUGGGAAUCAAUGAGAAAUAGGGGCUGCCUUAACAUUGUUAGCUACAACAUUUUGAUUAGAGGUUUCUUUGAGAAUCAAAAAGUGGAUGAUGCAAUCUCAAUUUGGGAAUCGUUGCCUGAGAAUGGUUGCAUCCCAGAAGCAAAAACUUAUGGGGUUUUAAUUCAUGGACUGUGUGAAAAUGGAUACUUGAACAAGGCACUGCAGGUACUGAAAGAAGCUGAAGAUGGAAGGGCAGAUCUUGAUGUGUUUGCCUACUCCUCAUUGGUUAAUGGUCUAUCCAGAGAAAAUAGAUUAGAUGAAGCUAUUUGUAUCACUGAUCGAAUGGUUAAACAUGGUUGCAAACUGAACUCUGAGACUUACAAUGCACUGAUUAAUGGUUUCGCUCGAGCUUUUAGAUUUACUGAUGCGUUCCGGAUUUUUCAGGAAAUGGUUGACAAUGGCUGCAUUCCUACUCUCGUUACUUACAAUACUCUCAUAUGCAGUCUGUGUAGGGUAGAAAGAUUCGAUGAGGUCUUUACUCUUGUGAAAGACAUGCUGGCAAAAGGUUUUGAACCGGACAUGGUCACAUAUAGCUCUUUGAUGGAUGGUCUCUGUCGUGACAAGAAGACCGAAGAGGCACUUGUGUUGUGGGGUGAAGUGCUUGAUAAGGGCUUCAAGCCUGAUGUAAUUAUCCACAAUAUUCUAAUUCACGGGCUUUGUUCUGUGGGAAAAAUAGAGGAAGCUCUGCAGGUCCGGUCGGAGAUGAAACAUAGAAAGUGCAUCCCAAAUCUUGUGACAUAUAACACACUCAUGGAUGGGCUGUACAAAGCAGGAGACUCUGAAAAAGCGUCAGAGAUUUGGGAUCAAAUUUUAGAAGACGGGAUGCAGCCUGAUAUCAUCUCUUAUAAUAUAUCCCUCAAUGGGCUUUGUUCUUGCAAUAGAAUCUGUGAUGCUUUGAGGUUGUUGGAUGAUGCCUUGGCCCGGGGAGUACUUCCAACUAAAGUCACUUGGCACAUACUUGUGAGGACAGUUUUAAGUACUGGCAAUUAUUCAACCUGACCUCUUAGAAAGACAUGAUGGAAGGCGAACCGUACUGCUGGACAGGUUGGGAUUUGACUUGCCUCUCUUAGCUGAAGUGUUUCUGGUUGGUGGAAUGGUGGUGGGCCUUAAAAGUACUACAAGGACAAAAAAAAGUUCUUUGAACUCGGCUAAGAAAAAGAGGAAGUCACUUCACUCAGGUUUCAACUUGUCAGAAGUGCAUGUGUGCUGGGGUUGCAUAUACCUUUACCCAUUAGAUGCCUUUUGCUCUCGUAGCAACCUAUACUUGGCUGAGUAAGUCAUCUGGCCCUGGAGCUAAGAUAUGCCAGUAUGGGGCCUCAUCAAGGUGUACUUUAGGUGGACCAUCUAUUUGCAUGCCCAGGGUUAAGGGAUACCUUGCUUGGUGGCUAUGUGCUAUACUUGGUAAGGUUACAUCAAGGUGUCUUGGUGCAGCAGCUUGCCUUUAUUUUGUUCAAUAUUGUACUAAAAAAUUGUGCUGUGGGCUAGUUGCCCUCCAUAUGGUGGACACUCGCAGGUUUAUUUGGUGUGUGCUUGGCUGACUGGAUGGGGGGCUUGAGGCUAUUAUACUUGCAAGGGUUCCUACCAAGUUGAAGGCCUUUGUUGCACAGUGAUGCUAUAUAUGGGAACCUUGUAGUUGUAUGGGUGCUAGUUGUGGCCUUUCAAACUCGUGCUGGUAUGAAACAAGUGAGUUACCUUAUACCUUUUUGACUGUGAUGGAUUAGGCCAAGAAUGGUCAUGCAUUGGGAAGAAGGUAUGAAACAAUUUGCCAAGGAUCUGGAAUUGCAGGAUGCUGCUUCAUUCCAAAAUAUUGCUUGCACAUGUGCAUGACAACAUUGAGGAUGUGACUAACAGCAUUUCUGUUCAAAGGAAUUGAGAGAUUCCUUUGUCGCACGGCUAAACUAGUUUUGCCAUAUGCAUUAAUCAAAUGGUCUUACCUUUAAAAGGUAAGAGAAUUAAAAUUUAUUUUAUCUUUUCCCAUUUUAAAUGCAAAUUAUAUUAUAGGACUGAUUAUCUACACAGUGCUGAGGUACUAGCCUCAAUUAAAUCAGAGUGUGGGAUACAAAAUUCAGCUGGACAGGAGGAAAUACUAAUCUCUUGGAGAAAGAUAGGUGAGAGGACUUUUAAAAGCCAAGUGGGAUAGAGUAAACAUGGUGGAGAUGAGUACACUUUGCCUAGGUUACCUGAGACCAGCUGUUCUCUGGGAAAGUGAUUGAGCCUCGACAAUUCAAGCCACAAUCUGCUAGCAAACCUGCCUACUGGAAACUCCACCCUAAGAAUCUCUAGUUGUUCAUUUUAUCUGUUGAAACAUUGUCAUAAGUAUUAAGCAAAGGUGUGUUUUGUAUGGUUUUUCAAAAUUUCCGUGCAUAUCUUUGCUUCAGGCCCCUUAGAAAAGCAUUGUCUUCAUUGCUUCUUCUUUAGGUUUUGAUUAUUCAUGACACCAAUCCUGGCUUCGUUUAGUAAACUCUGUUGGUCAACCAUGUCUCUGUGUGAAAUGGUAAAUGUUCCUUAUCCUAUGUAUGCAAAUCAGGUAGGUUGAGUAAUUUUUUCCAUCUUAGCAAAAAAGAUUGACAACAGCUAACCUUAAAAACCUGCUUUUCUUGAACAAGUUGUAACUAUAUCUGGAUUAGGUCACCAACUUGUCCAAGUCAUGACAUUUUUUUUUUAAAGGAAAUAGGAGAAAAUUUAUAGAUAUUUUAGAAGGAAUAAGUAACUUCUAGAAUUUUUUUUAGGUUGAUCACAUAUAAUAAAUGUCAAUCAUGGUUCCUCCAAGUUACUGAUCGGCUUACAGGAGUUUUAUGGCUGAGCUAGUCUGUUUGAGUCCUUAUUUUCCUGGCCUCUGCACUGGUAAUUUAGUAUAAUCUGUGGUACACAUUUUUGAGUUUUAGUAGGUACUAGAAAUAGUUGAAUAUAGUAAGGUAGGUGAUGUUCAAUUGUGAUUAGCCAUGUCUUCCUUGAAGAGGUAUCUGCUUAAAAUAGAAAAUACCUUUUGGUUCUCUGUUUGUUUUUAUUUACAUUAGAAAUAAAAAAUAGGGACAUAAGAUUUUUCAUUCCAGUGGGGUUCACUUUUUCAUGCUCAAAACAGAGAAAUAAAAUAGAGGAAGGAAAAAUCUUUCCCCCAUUUUGUUUUGCUUAUGGGCAUUUUUCAAUGAAGCAACAAAGCCUUUGUCUCCGUUUCUUGGGCUGAAAGAGAUGAAAAAUAUUCAUAUAAGCUUUACAUAUAUACAAGUAGUAGUAUGAAAACGUACAUGAAUGAAAAAAGAAAUGUACCUCACUUAUCUCUCUUUACUUUUAAGGUCUCCUUUCUUCUUUUUUGUGUUACAGGGGAAACUAUUCAGUAUAUACUGUACAGCAUCAGAUGUUAUAACUUGGUUUUUGGUUGUUACAUAUUGCCAAAAUCAUAUCAUUAAGAUGCAAAAGUGAACUGGCUUGAUGUAUCAGACCCAAGGAGUGAGAAUUUACUUGGGUUUAUUUAUCAUGCUAUAUUCAACCAUGGUAGUUUCAUUGUUGAAAAAUGUAGAAGAAGCAUCUAAAAUGGAUUAGUGAAAUGUAUUGCAAUAGGAAUCCUGCGUUUCUUGAUCAUUAUUUACUUCCUUGGAAUGAAACUUUUAUUUAAAGGAAAAUCUUAUUAUAACCAAAGUUUUUUAUUUAUUUUUUAUGUAUGAUCAAGUUGGUGAGAAAGAAAUUGUUAACUUUAUUUUUUUUUGACAACUCUUGAGAAUGAUAUAAUGGGAAGUCACUUUCAAAUUAUUUUGAAGACUUUUUUUUACCCUUGACUUGAAGAACUUUAGGAAUAAGACAAGGAGCAAUAAAGAUGAGGUUACAACUUAUGUUCACUUUAGUUACAACAAGAUUGCACCCUUUAUUUAAUCUAGCUCAUGUUCAGCACUGCACCUUUCUACUGGAGGGGGGUUGGCUGGUUAUUUUGUUGGAUCCUUUUGUUUGUUAGAAAUUGUGGGCUGUCGUCAAAACCACCAAUUUGGACUCUGCUGAUUGCUGAAUUUGGCAUAACUUGUCAACAAAUUUGUAAGCUUAUUCUUCUCUGGUUUAUUUUCUCUGUCAAGUAAUAUCAAACUAUUUCGACAGGAAAAAGGUUUCCUGAAAAAGCAUUUUUUAGCUAUAAAAUUUUCCCCUUUUUUGUCUUGUUUCUUUUUCAUGAAUGCAUGUGACAAGGGAGUGUACUUCAGAAUGGUCAAUGGAGGAAACAAUCAAAUCAUAUGGGGGCAAUGUCCUCCACGUGUGGCAAGAUAUGACACUUCUUUUUUAAAUGACAAUGAAAAAAAAUUUACUCGAAGUUUUUUAUGGCGCAUUUCAAUGAAAUAAUUUUUAAGCUUUGUUAGCUGUUCUGUUUUUCUGUUUUGUUUUGUUUUGUUUGUUUGUUUAUUUAUUUAUUUAUUUUGGCUUUUGUGACUAACACUGUAAGACAUUUCCACUGAAACAGUUAGAACCCAAGUAUGUUCAGUAGGUGAUUGGUUUUGUUGAAUUCUUAAGCUCUCUAGGCGACUCUAACAACACUCUCCCUUCAUAAGCACAUAAUGAUGCUGAUUUGAUUGUUGCUGGAAACAGGGGGGGGGGGUUGGUCUCAUUGUUCACAGUUGUUUAGACAGUUUUGUUCGAAUUGUUUGGAUUUUUGGGCCCUCCUUUGUUAAUUGAUGACGUCUUCUUAAGGUGGCCGGCCACCUGCUGGGGAUUUUGGUUUGAAAGGUGGGAAACUGUCGCCUAUGUUACUCUUUGGUAUUUGAUGGGUGCUUUGGAUUGACAGAAACUGGAGAAUAAUUGAUUACAAUAUAAGGUCGUCGCAAGGGAUUUAUUUGCAGGGUGAUUUCAUUUCUUGUCCUCCUGUGGGCAAGCAUUUUGAAGGAGUUAAGAUCUCUCAAUGGAAGCAUUUGCACAGAACCUGGAUCCAAUCAAAUUUUGGUUAACUUUAUGUUUGAUUUGUAUGAUGGUUUAUAGGCUUUGCAAUAAUAUCUUGUUUUGUGUCCUUGUUGUGAGACAACAUUCUGUUUCUUUAUAUGUAAUGUACCUGUUUUCUCCAACUCUUCUGAUUCAAUGAAAUUUUGGUUCCCGA